CACCUCACCGAGUCGCAGAGAGAGAGAAAGCGAUCAAGUUUUCACUUCAGCCUUAUCCAGUUUAGGGUUUCGGUUCCUGACCCUAUCUUUGACGUAUUGAAACCCUAAAUUUAGGAUCAGGUAACCCCGGAUCAUCUUAUUUUAGAAUUGAUUUCUCUUCCUCAUCAAUUUUAGGGCUUGGCUUCGCUUAUCCCCACUUUUCUUUUAAUAUUCUGAAGUUUGACUCUUUUUUUUCCUUUGAGUUAUUUUUUCUCGAAACCUUACAAUUUUUGGGGGUUUGAUAUAGUUUUAAUCAGAUCUUUCAGGUAUAAGUCGUGUAUUUUGUUUUAAGUGAGAGAUGGUUGUGGUUUUUUGUUUUCAAUUCAAUUUUGGCGUUAAUUUUGUUGUGCAGUUAUCAUUGGUAGAUUGUUACUAUGGCAUGUUUCAAGUAACGACGAGUUGUUUUAUCGCUGCCAUUUUUGAAUCAUUUAGUUUAAUUAUUUUUGGUGUUUUAAUUUUAAAAAAAGCAAUCUUUUAAUACAUGACAUGGUCAUUGCUGAUAUCUUCUUUUAUUAGGUUUGUGGAAGAUUAUUUUGAUGUGAAAGAGAUUAUUAAUGACAGUGGUUUUGCUUUUGUAUUUUUUUGAUGCGUGUUAUCGUAGUAAUUCAGCUAACCUGUUGAUUGAAAAUUCAGGUCUGAGCAAUCUGGUUUUUGGAAUCUUCUGUCUUGGAGAGUUAAGUUUUAUGUCUGAAUUAGACGCUCAGAUUCCUACUGCCUUCGAUCCUUUUGCUGAGGCAAAUGCUGACGACUCGGGUGCUGGGUCAAAGGAGUAUGUGCAUAUUCGCGUACAGCAGCGAAAUGGUAGGAAAAGCCUGACAACUGUUCAGGGAUUGAAAAAAGAAUUCAGCUAUAACAAGAUACUUAAAGACCUUAAGAAAGAGUUCUGUUGUAAUGGUACGGUUGUUCAGGACCCAGAACUAGGACAGGUUAUUCAACUUCAAGGUGAUCAGCGGAAGAAUGUUUCUACCUUCCUAGUCCAGGCUGGCAUUGUGAAGAAGGAACAUAUCAAGAUUCAUGGUUUCUGAGUGACUGGAAUCUUGUGUCAAGUCUUACCUGCCCGAAUAUGAGUUGGGAAUAGAUAAUCUGAAUUCUAUAUGUGGUUGUGGUACUGUGUCGUGUUUUUACCAUGUGAUGUGGGAUUAUGGAUUUUAGAACACUGUGUGUUGUUUGCUUCAAAGACAUAUAUAAAAACAGUUUAAUGGAGUCCUAUGCGAGAUCUCAUUUCAUUUAGGGGGUCCAUGAAAAUCAGGGGUAAACUAAUACAUUUUGAAUCAUCUUAAUGUUCGAGUAAUAGUAAAAAAAAAUUGUUAAGAGAAUUGCCAUGGUCAGUUUGAAUUCCUUGUCAAGUUUGUUUCGUUGUUAUAACGUCAAUAUUAUUAACAACAUAGUUAGCAGAAUUUGAUCAGCUAGUUUGAUUGGUCUAAUUGGGAACUGGCCCAGUUAUUUGGUUCGGAGUAAUCAAUGAAUUGGCAGACUUAAAAAUCUGUAAAAUUUAGAAAGGUAGGUGAAAAAGGGUCAACCACGAAAACUGGAAGUGUAAAUGGGGCUAAACGGUUCAUGUGUAAAUCGUCUGAAAUUACAUCUUCCAUAAAAUAUACGUACCUAGAACCCUAAUUCGACAUUGU